AUGGUGAAGCAAGGCUGCAGCAGCCUUGGAGGCAUCCAACGCUGCCCACCAGAGAGGCCUUGGAUGUGCGAGUCCCCUUCGACCUGCGAAGAGAGCUGCGCCUCGUACGGUGGACGCAAGAGUUGCAGUCCCAGCGAGUGGCCGGCGAAUUCGCCGGAGAUCUUUGAGGCAGCCUCCUUCGCACCAGCCUCCUUGUCUUUGAGAUUUGGUCCCAGGAGCUACUUGUCCAACAACGUCUCCAACUGCGUCUUCUCGCGAUGGGACGUGCAACUGGCCAAGGUCUUGCCAGAUUCGUCUUUGGACACCUGGACGCACCUGCCGCAGUGUGACUUUGCAGGUUCGCGCGAGCUGCAAAGUUGCCAGGCGGAUGACUUGGACUUCUUGCAAUACUACCAGGUGCGCUUCGCCGAGCUUUGCACGGAUUCGGGCCUCGAUUCCCUCUACAACUGGACCGAGCCCAUCUUGAUCCGAGGGGCAUUAGCUGGAAGCCCCGUGAACUUGACCGUGACGGUGCUCAGCAGUAGCGCCUUGCUCCUUCGCUGGGACGCCAGCAGUGCCGGGGAUUGUUCCUUCGCAGCGUGGAAGGUGGAGUGGCAGAGUGGCGGAGCCUCUGAGACUUGGUCUCCAGCGGAGCUUUGUCAGGACCUCACGGAGCGAAAUCAAACGGAGUGCCUCCUGGACACUUUGACCGCCAUGGAGUCCUACCGGGUGCAGAUCACCGAGACCUGUACGGACGUGCGCACCAACUCCCUGCCGGCCACCAGCCCCGUCUUCCGCUUUCAAGAGAUCAACAGCUGGGAGAUCUACCUUGGUCCUACGAUGAGCUUAGCCAUCUCGGUCUCGACGUUGGUGACCGACUUGGACCAAUGCGAGGUCAUUACCACCUGCUGCGACGACCAGUUCUCCAUUUGCUACGCCCGCACGGCGGCGGUGCCGCUGCUGGCCACGAUCUCGCGGACCGAUGCGGUGGCAGGUUGGGGUCAGCAACUUUGGCUCCGCUGCAGCAACUCAGGUGAUCCACUGCCAUCUGUGCCCGCAGCCGCGCCCUCCUGGGUCGAGCUGCGCGAGGUGUCACAGUCAUCCAUGGUCGCAGCAUACAGCUUGGGACAUGCACCGGGCGACUGCCUUUGUGCUCAUCCGCACUUGCAACUGCGCGAGAGCGGUUCCGAGUGGGUGAGUGUCUAUGGAGAUUGUGCCGAUAUGACUCUCCGCGCUUGCACGCUCACGAACCUCUUGCCCGAUCGUGUCUACGAUGUGCGCAUUCAGCUGGCGUGCUGCACUUGGAGCACCAGCUCAGGCAACUCGACGGGCUACGAGUGUGAGGCGGCCAAAGACAGACGGGCCGCGAAGGAUGGCAGCUUUUGUGCCACCGAGGGCUGUUGCAGCCCACGUCGAUGCCCCGACCACAUGCCGGUGAUGUGUGCAGAUAGCUCCUGCAACGGCCACUUCUGCUGUGCUGCCGACAGCGCUGGCUGCGACACGAAGGGAGGUGUCAGGCCUUGCUUGGAGUCACAGGUGCCUGCCAAGGAGCCCAGCAUUCUUCAGGUGGAUUCGCCCAGCAGCAGCUCCUUGCAGAUCACCUGGACACCUGGAAGAGUCCGCUGCUUGAUGCGUCUCUUCACCAACGAAGACGACCGGUGGACCGGGUGGACCUGGCUGGUCGACCCAGUGCCGGAACUGGAGAUCGACCUGGCUUUUUGGAGGGAGGCCAUGGUCAUCCCUACCUUCGUGCCGCUCCAAGGCUAUGCCUCUGGAUUUACCGCCCCAUGCGGGCAGGGCGGUGUGAGCGAGUUUCUCCAGUGGUCCGUGCAGGUCACUGAAGCAGAGGAGUGCUCUCUCCGCCUGUCCUUCGUUGCAGCUGCCUUUCUUCAUGUCCCACUCCGAGCCUUUGAAACCGCUUUCCGCGCGCCGCUUUCCGCCGGUGCCGCGCCGCUUGAGGAGGAACGUUGGCGUAGCGUGGAGUGUUCUGGCUCCCGAAGCAGCAACGUGUGCCUCAUUGAGAACCUCCUGGCGGAUCGUUUCUACGAGGCCGUCGUGCCUUUUGAAGAAGUGGUUCAGGUGAUGAGGAGGAAGGUGGUUCAAGAACUGGGAUUCAUCUUCCAGGGGUGA